CUGAAUAUUAUGUAUUUAUAACAUUUAAUUAUAAUAUAUUUUUAUUAACAAUAUUAUUGAUUAAAUAAGCUAUUCUUAAAUAGAACAGUAGUAAUAGUGUUAGGAUUUUUGUACGAUUAUUAUAGGAUAAAGAUUCGUAAGUAUAUUUUUCAUGGCACCGUACAUGAGAAACUUUGCAGAGAUCAGUGCUUGGUCGGUACAAAUUAAGUAGCGUCAUCUAUACGUAAUAAUAUUGUAACACUUCCGCAUUUUGUUGAAGGUUUAACAGCGUAGAAAUCCAAAAUGGAAGAAUUAUUUCUAUUGAAUUAUGAAAAUGUGGAUCAUUUGUUGCCACAAAUAAAAAGGAAUUUAACGUUUCCGAAAGAGAAAUCGCAAAUGUCUGCUCUUGAUCAACUAGCGAAACUUUUGAAAACUCAAGUCCCCGCCAUUCGGAGCAACCUUUUUAUAAAGCUUAUUAAAUUUGAUAUAAUUUCGACUCUAUGCGAUAUUUUAAAGACUUUUCGAGAACCACUUAUAACGUAAAAUACUUACAAAGUAGUUUUUUUUUUAUUUUUAAAUUAACUAAAUAAUCGAUAGGUAUAUUAUUACUUUUGUCGUUAUUUUUGAUAGUUCAGCUCUUGAAUGCUUGGCUUUAGCAAGCGAAUAUCAAAAGUUUUAUGAAAGUCAAGUCGCUGUGGAAGCUGUGAGUUCUUUGUUUCGUCUUGCGCAUUGCAUCAAAAUGUCCACCGAUAUGUCAAAAAUAUGUCCUUUGGAAAAGCUUCUUUCUGCUAUUCGUAAUAUAUUAUUCAAUGCAAGAAAAUUAGGGAUUGAAGUUGAUAGCAUAUGCGCUACUAAUCAAAUAUUUUCUUUUCUCAAGAACUUGAGCCAAAAAUGUUUAUCCCGUGUAUUAAGGUUUAUGAUUAUCGACAUUUUAAAUAUCGCACUCGAAUCUGUAACAUUGAGCGAGAACGAAAACGAAAAUGAAACAUUGAUUCUCGAUGUUUGCAACGAGUCGAUUAAAUCGAUGAAAGAUAUUGUGGAACAUGAUUAUGAACAAGAGUAUGAAUGCUUUUCAAAGAAGAACGCUAUCGUCGCUUUAUGCUGUCUUUGUGCUACCAGCAUUAGAUUUUGCGACAAAGAUUAUCUGACGGACGUUGACGAGGAUGGUAAUAUGACUCCGAUGCAGGGCAAAGUAUCUCUCGCAAAGUCUAUUUAUGCAAUCGUCAUAUAUACCAUUAUACCGUAUGUUAAAAACGUCGUAUGCUUUGAUCAAGAGAAUUCUCUUAAAUACUACGCCAGUUUUGUUUCCUGCUUGAACAACAUGUAUAAUAUAAGAGAUUUCAGACGAGAGGAUAUAGCUAAUCAUUUAGUAGCAAAUGGUUAUCUUAAAUAUUUCUUACGCCUUAGUGCGCAGCUUCCAUUACAUCAACGUCGAAAUAUAUGCAUCCUAUUGACACGGACAUUAAUCACUUUAGCAGAAAAUUCUUUAUCGAUCGACAAAUUACCCGAAGGUGUCAAUGUAUUUUCAAAUAAGAUCUUUGAUGGACUUGUUUCUCUACCGAACGAUCUUGAGCAGUGGACCGAUAUAGUUGCAAUUUCCGAUGAUCGUAAUACAGCUUUAAUGAUUUCUUUUUAUUAUCAUUAUCAUGCCACCAGGGAACUUGAUAUGAUUACGUUCGAAUCUUUGAUAAAAAGAUUAUUAGAACUAGAAGAUUUUCGAUCUAUAACUGUACCAACUUUAAAGCCAUUAUGGUUUUUAUUUGCUGUUUCGUUUUUAUCCCAUCCAUCACCAGGAGAAAUUUGUGAAUACGGAAAUGCGGUGAAAAAAUUAACAAUGGUUUUACAAUAUUUAGAAUUAAGCCAAUAUUACACCCAUCACAUUGAGCUCCUACAUUUUUGUCUAAAAUGCCCUGAGAUAACGAACGACUUGCGAUACAGAGUAAUGAAUAUGUGGCUAAUAGAAUCCGACGGGGAUGUUCUACCUCUUUUAAAGCUCGAUUGUCAUAGCGUCGUUAAACAUUGUUUAUUGAUUACAGUACAAAAUGGCCUCAAUGAGGUGGUCAGCUUAGCUGUUAAAGGAAUACAUCAAUCGAUGCAGGCUAGCAAUUGCGACGAGAUCGCCGAUAUAGUUUGGAACAUGUUACCAAAUGUCUUAUUAUCCGACAGUCCAAAUCGAAUUGAGCAUAUUAAAGCGAUACUUGAAUUAUCAAAUAUGUCGGAACCCCGUAAUUUACCAAAAAAUGCGAUAAAGGUGUGUGCGGAUGCUCUCAUUAAAAUGAUAUUAACUGAAGAUGUAGAUGCAUAUUUUCAGAAGUUACUUUUAAAGCAGACGUAUGUCUUACUUUAUGCUUCUAUGGAACACAAUUAUUUUAAAAUUCUUUCAAAAUACGUAAAUGAGACAAGAUUAUUGGAAAAAUUAUGUGAUUAUGCGUUUUCUGAAAACGAGUUAACAUUAUCUGCGAUUUCCUUCAAAUUCCUCACUUUCAUUAUUCAUUUUCAAUCGCUAUCUUCGAUCGAGUGCGAAAGACCUAUAACGAUCAAAAUUAGUCAUUUGCACGUUCUUCUAUGGAUCUGUCAAAAGUCUCAAAUCGUUUGUCCGAAUGCUCUUGAAUUUUUACACGAGCUAUUGAGCCAAAACAAUUCAGGAAUGGCUGUAAAAUUGGAAGACGUUUCCUUUAACACAACAGAUAGAGAUGAAAUUGUAACAAUCCUAGAUAUUUAUGAGAUGCUUCACGUUAUUCACUCAAAGAGUACUUCAGCGGAAAGAGAAAUUGUUUAUCAAUGUCUAGUUGAUGUUCUCAAAUUUUGCUAUGUCAAAAUAGAGACACUGAUGUAUCAUCUAUGUACAGCAAUUAGUAAUUACGAUCUCAUCAUUGGAAUGGCAAAAACUCGAUCUUUAUCUCCAUAUUUUCUUCAAUUUAUCAACACUUGGCUUCGAUAUCGAAAGAUAUAUAGCGACGACGAAGUAUCGACUAACUCAAGAUCCUUGUUCAAGUCACCUUUCGAUGAAACUAUGGAACAAUUAUUGGAAUAUGUGAAUUUCCUCCAAUCUAAAAACGAGAACGAAGCGUCCUCGAGGUUGUAUCAUGCGUUAUCCUUCUUCAAAAACUACAAGAUUUCGUCUGCUCGUAUAUUUUGAUGCGAG